AUGACCCGCGUUCUUCUGACUGGCGGGUCUGGUUUCAUCGCCGCACACAUUCUCAACUUCCUCCUCCAGCAUGGUCACUCAGUCGUCACGACCGUACGCUCGCAAGAGAAAGCAGAUAGAAUCGCAGCGGCAUACAAUGGUAUCGACAGGGAAAGGCUUGAUUUUGCGAUCGUCGAGGAUAUUGCUCAAGAACAGGCGUUUGAAACAGCGGUCGUUUCGGACCCACCUUUUGAAGUUGUCAUUCACACUGCCUCGCCUUUCCACUUCAACAUUGCAGACGUACAGAGGGACCUACUAGAUCCAUCAAUCAUCGGCACGACUGGAAUCCUCGAAAGCAUCAAGAAGCAUGCGACGACAGUGAAGAGAGUGGUCAUCACCUCGUCAUUUGCUUCCAUUGUAAACGGAAGCAAGGGCUUCUGGCCCGAGCACACCUACUCCGAAGCAGACUGGAAUCCAAUUACCAAGGAAGAAGCGUCUCAGAAUGCUGUGAACGGCUACCGCGCAAGUAAGACCUUUGCAGAGAAAGCUGCAUGGAACUUUAUCGAGCAGCAACAACCCAACUUUACCCUCACAACUAUGUGCCCACCCCUUGUUUUCGGACCGAUAGUGCACUACCUGAACAGCUUGGACGCACUCAAUACCUCCAACCAACGCAUUCGCGACAUCGUCCAGGGCAAGGAUCAAGAGAAUCUCCCGCCUGGCCUCUGGGUUGACGUUCGAGACCUCGCGCUAGGACACGUCCUUGCUAUGGAGAAAGAAGCUGCCGCGAAUAAGCGAUUCUUUUUCACGCCAGGGCAUUUCUCUACCGCAGAGCUCGCCGAGAUUGUGAGGAAGAAUUUUCCAGAAUUUAAAGACAAGCUACAUCCCAAGAGCAAUGCGGGUGAUGCUUAUACGAAGUAUGGAUUCUACAAGAUCAACAUUGAUCGGACGAAUCGGAUUCUGGGCAUUCCAUGGACAUCCCUAGAGAACAGCGUCAUCGACACUGUUGAGAGUCUCAAAGCCGUCGGCUUGUGA